AUGGCUUAUGAUCAAGAUAAUACUAAGGCAUGUUUAAAAUGUGGAUCCAAAUGUCCUGGUUUCACAAAACAUUCAUGGAGAAUGUUAUGUACCCAAUGUCAUUGUGCAUAUUAUGAACAUGAUAUUGAUGAUUUUACUAAUCAAUCAAUAUUAGAUCAAUUAGAUUUAAAUCAAUCAUCAUUCUAUGAUGAGUAUAUAAAUGCACAAAAUUUAGCUAAACAAUUAGAAUUACAUUGGUUACCUAUUGGUGUUAAAAUAGUAGAAGUGGACUCGUUUUUGAAUAGUCUUCCAAAUGAUGAAUUACCACGUGGUGAAGUUGCUAAUCAUGUUAGGCGUCAACGUCUUAGAAAACAAAUACCAUUACAAGAUCGUAAACCAGCUGUAACAAUUGAGGAAUUAUGUCGUCAUUCAAAAGAUUCAAAUCCUAACUUGGAAAAUGAAUUACACCAAGCGAACCGUUUUAAAAAUUUUCGUAAUAUCCACGAUUUUGGUAUUGGAUUGGUGGAACAUAUGAAUGACAAGGAUGGACAGCCAUGUGCAAAUUGUUCGCACAUAAUUAAUUUUAAUGAUUUCUGUAUAAGAAUUAAACCAGAACAUUCUUUAACUGAAGAAAUUUCUAACAUACCAUCGAAUCAUACUCCAGCUUGGCAUUUAAAUUGUUUUCGAUGCAUAAUAUGUAAUGAAUAUUUAGUCGAUUAUAUAUAUGCUUGGUUAAAUAACCAAUUAUAUUGUUUACGACAUUAUGGUCAAUCAGUACGUCCACGUUGUGUGACAUGUGAUCAUCUUAUUUUCUCAGAAGAAUAUACUAGAGUUAUGGAUCAAGAACAUCAUUCUGGUCAUUUUGCUUGUCAUAGUUGUGAUGCAUCAUUAACCGGACAACGUUAUAUAUUACGUGAGGAUGAACCACAUUGUUUAGCUUGUUAUGAAGCUAAAUUUGCAAAUACAUGUGAACAAUGUAAAGAAAAAAUUGGUUGUGAUUCAAAGGAUCUUUCAUUUAAAGAAAGACAUUGGCAUGAGAAAUGCUUCAAAUGUUCUGCUUGUACUACUUCAUUAGCUGAUAGACCAUUUGCUACGAAAGAAGAACAAUUAUAUUGUUCUGAUUGUUAUGAUGAACGGUUUGCUGCACGAUGUGAUGGUUGUCAAGGUGUAUUCAAAGCUGGAAUGCGUAAAUAUGAAUAUCGUGGACAACAGUGGCAUGAAGAAUGCUUUUUAUGCGUAGAAUGUAAACAACCAAUUGGUGCAAAAAGUUUUAUUCCACGAGAAAAUCAAGUUGUAUGUGUACCAUGUUAUGAAGCCAAAUAUGCUCAACGUUGUACUAAAUGUUCAGAAGUUAUACGUCGUGGUGGAGUUACAUACAAAGGAAAUCCAUGGCAUAAAGAAUGUUUCACUUGUACUAGUUGUUCUAAACAAUUAGCAGGAUUAAAAUUCACUUCUAAAGAUGAACAACCUUAUUGUGCUGAUUGUUAUGGUGAAUUAUUUGCUAAAAAAUGUACAAAAUGUACCAAACCAAUUACUGGAUUUGGCGGUUGUAAAUUUAUUUCAUUUGAAGAUCGUCAUUGGCAUUCAGAAUGUUUUCUAUGUGGAAAAUGUAAUUGUAAUUUGGUCGGUAGAGGUUUUCUAACCAGUGAUGAUAUGAUUAUGUGUUCUGAAUGUGGUCGUUAA